AACCAGGAAACUCUGCAUGAGCCGACACUGAGACACAGAAAGCUCCCAGGACUGGGGACACCGGUAAGAUCUGGGGCACAAGGCAUAUUAAGGAGCAAUAUUAGCUGACAGUCACGAUGGAUCACUGUAUCAGGUCGCUGUGUCUGGACCACAAGUAUUGCAGUGUGACCUCUCCUAUUACUACCCUCUCCUGCCACAGUAUGAUUUCCCAUCCAGAGCCUUUAUGUGGCUGUUCUGCUACAGCCCACCCGUGUGGUACCCACCACUCCAUCCACGGACGAUGCUCAUGGGCCGGCCAUUACCCUUAUUACACCAGCGUGACGUGUAAAAAGGUGGAAUUAUCGCCAACAUUCCCGUGUCCAACCCCCAUCAUUAGACGUGAAACAGUGCUGGCACGCAGAGACCCCGACCAGUUUUAUUACAUGGGUGUGGUGAGACAAGAGGAGAAACCGGGGCUGUUUCUAAUUGAGUUUACCAAGCCGAGUUCGGAGGGUGAACGGUACACCGCCACGCUGCAGCAGACGAGUGUUGCUGACAUUAUCCAGUAUGACGAAGCGCUGAGGCAGGCUAUAACUCCCGGAGACAACGUCCUAGCCCCCUGGGAAGCAGAGCAGGCCAGAUAUGGGCCAGGGACGGUUAUUUCAGGCCUGGAGACCAGAGAUCCUCUACGCGCUACUGAGGACGAGGAGCUGACAGUUAGUUUUUGGAAUGGCAAAAAGGCCAAAGUCCCUCUUAUAGUGGCUGUGUGGAUCUCCCCAUCUCUUCACCGGAGGAUCGUAGACAGACUUCACCACCCCAUCAGUAGCCACCAGUAUCACCAGGAGAGUGAGCAGAGCACCACAACCUAUGUCAUCACCGACCGCUGUACCCAGAUACCUGUCCCAAUGUGCUUAGCCAACCACGUCCACAAACACCGCUGGAACCACUGCACCGCCUACCCACAGCCCACCCAUCAGCACUGCUCCUGUUGCUGCUUCCCAAACCAUUCGUCAUGCACCUGUUGCUACGACCCCAAGUGCCAGGACUGGUGGCCCCUCUCACCUAGGACCAGUGUUUACAUCCAGGGUAAAAAGGAUCCAGAUGAUGACAGUAGACUGCAUUCAAUCAUGAAAGGAAGAGAGAGCCCCGGACGAGAAGGCCACCGGUUUUCAUCGUCGUCGGAGACUGAAGAAGAGGAGUCUUUGGAGGAUGAGGAGAGUGAGAAUGAAACAUGCCUGUCUAAGACCACGCAGAGCACCAUGGUGGACAGUUCUGUGAACACAGAUUCCAGCCUAUGGGAUAAGCCAAGGCUGGACAUAAGCGAGCGGCCCGACUGGAAAUACUGGAAGCAUAGCCAGCCAGAACCCUUCUAUAAAAAGCCAGGAAUUAUGAAAUCCAAGAAUAAAGCAUCCACAUUGGAUUCGAGGGCCACACUAUCUGACAUUGUUGGAUUGUCCAAUCAGAGUGCUCUGUUUGAAACAAUAUCAACUUCGCCAGCUAGACGCCUAUCCAUGAAAGAUGUUCUGACGCACACAGAUUUUUACCCCUCUGAGAAACAACAGGCGUCUCUUGUGGCCGAAGGUUUCAGAGACUCAGAAUUUGAAAAGCUGCGCAACAAGACGACUCUGGAGAAGCGACAAAAUAAAAUAAAGCAUAAUAAAUGGGAGCAGAAGAGGGAAGAAGAUGCCGGACAGAAGUACAGUGACAGCCAGGAGACUCACAGAAAGAAGACUCUGCAUCGUUUGCAGAACGAGGAGAUGAAGCUCAGGGAGCAGGAAAUGAGGAACAUUGAUGUGAUGAAGGCCAAGCUCGCUGUACAAGAGGAGCGCAGUGAACACCACCAGACCAUGGCCGCCGAGGACAAGAAGAGAGAACAGCGCAGGAUGGAUCACCUGAGGAAGGUCCGCGAGAAGAUCGACCAGAAGGAAUAUCAGAAGUGUGCAGCCAAUGAGCAGAGAGAGAUGAAUCAUAUGGCUGCGCAGAGGAGGAGGGUACAGAACCACUACAAAGAGGUGGCAGAGAAAGUCUUCCAGGCCGAACUGCAGGAAAUGCAGCGCAGCAACCCUAGAGUGUCAUAUAUGGAGGCGUAACACCCUCACCAACGACGGAGAUUAUACAAGGAGGCGUUAUAUUCACCCCAGGGUGGAGAUUCUAUAUGGAGAAACUGAUGGCAGAGACUAUACAUGGAGGCGUAAUACACUGGGGUGGAGAUGCUUUGUGGAUGGGGGAAAAAAUCAUACCUGGGCUGACAUUAUACAAUAUCAUUUUCUGAGAGUCCGUGAUUAUAACAUGAAUAUAUUAAAUGAGUUUAAGGCUUGUUUACAUACAUAAGAAAAAAAAUCUUAAAUUGCUUUAUGUAUAAAAUUAUUUAUUUUCACAAUGUAUUAAUCAGUAAACAGUGUCUGUGCAGUUCCCUGUGGAGCCUGCAGGUGGUGCUGGUGUAACAGUAUGAUUCUGUCUGUGGUACAGGGCAUGCAUGGCACCCUUAUAGAAAACAAAAGUUACUACGAUCUGUAUGUUGGGAAAUUAUAGCAAAAACGGCACUUAGUAGGUACAAACCACCCCAGAGCACAUGGUAAUAUUACUAUGGCCAUAAGAAAACAUUUAAACAUACGACCAGUUUCCAUGUGGUAUAAACUAUGGAACCAGGGGGUAAAGAACUUUCAAAAUGUCAGUCACUUAAAAGGCAAAGCCAGGUUGGGAGAUUUGCUGUGAUCUUGCCGAUGCCCCAUGGUGAUAGAAACAUUAAUAGGGAUCAGUGAUCUCCAUUACUGAGCAUGUACUACAUGAUGUCACUACAUGGUGGCAGUAUGUAACUCAGCAAAGGGUGGGACAGCAUUACAGAAUUGCACACAUUGGUGGGCUGAGCCGGGGGCAGGGUGCCAUGUUCUCCAGGCCGCUCUGUCGCCAAGUGUCCAGGGCCACACUCACCAGACGUCAAAGGCCCUUGGUGGUCCAUUGUUUCACGCGGCUAUAGCCGUGGUUGCUAUCUGAUGGUGACUGUCGGAGCAGCUGCUGUCACGUGAUGCAUUUCUCACGCUGGGGCAGAUGUAUUACACCUGGAGAAGGGAUAAAGAAGUGAUAAAGCAGUGAUAAGUGCAAGGGGAUAAUGCACUAGCCAGUCAUUACGGAUUUGAAAAAUAUUAGGAGCUGACUGGCUGGUGCGUUAUCACCUUGCACUUUGCACAUUCCGUGCAAAAAUAUGGCCAGCAUGGUUGGAGUUAUGGUCAGCAUUACUGCUUUACAGCACUUAGGUCUUCGGCUUAAUUCCCACCACAGCUGUGUGUGGAGUUAUUACGUUUUCCCUGGGUUUCCACCAAAACAUACGGGUAAGUUAAAUUAACCCUAGUGUGUCUGUGUGUUCGUGUGGUAGGAAAUAUAGAUUAUAAAGUGCACUUGCUGAUGCGAUCUGCUAUGGAAUAUGUGUGCGCUAUAUAAAUAACUAUUAAUAGUAGCUGCAGGUGUAUUCAGCGCCCUCUACUGUAUAAACAAGAAAUAAAUCUCCCUGCUCAGCCCAUUAUUGAGAAAGGAGGACACGGUCUGUUGCUGCAACAAUAAAUGAUUAUACUAAGGUACGAGAAAAUAAACAGCUCAUUGAAAUAAAAUA